AUGAACAAAAUAUCUCUAACCAAAAUGUUAUUGUUCCAGCAGCAGAAAAUCCUAAAAAGAACCGCGGAGGACCUGGAGUCAUCAGGAGGCAGCACAGUAGAGCCGAAUUUCGGCGAGCCUCCAGUAAAAGUGCAAUGUACCCAAGGGCAGCAGCACCAGCACCAACAAACGCAAUCCUCAAGCAGCUCAGGGCACCACCCAAUGAACCAAUUACCCUCCGGAAACAAUUCCUCCUCCAGCGGACAACCUGCCCCCGGCAGUACUUCCAGUUCCAACGAAGGACUAACCAAAUUCUCUGUAGAAAUAGUCCAACAAUUAGAGUUCACUACCUCCGCAGCGAACUCCCAAGCGCAGCAAAUUUCCACAAACGUCACCGUGAAAGCCCUGACCAACGCUUCAGUAAAAAGCGACCUAGUAAACACUUCCUCUCCUGGUCCCAAAGCCGACCCAAGCUCCAGAGCUUCUUCCCAAGGGCCGGGUAUCGGUUGCGUGGACAUCGGAAAUCUGGUAGAAUGCAAGCAAGAGCCCGAUAACGAUUUCGUGGACCUUGAGCAGUGCGCAGCAGCCGUUGUGAAAGACGCAGCAGCCAACGGAGCUGGCUUUCCAGGGUUCUCUGAUUUCAUCGACGAAACCGGGGAUGAAAUGUUAAAUGCGGACACUUUUAAGGACCUGAUCUCCGAAAUCAACGAUUACCCGUUGAUGGACGAGUUUGAUUUCGAUGAUAAGGGCAUCGAGUCUCUCACAGUGAACCACGGAUCUUCAGGAAAUUCCGGGAACUCCGUCCCGGGGCUCAGCAACGGAAUUAAGCUUGAAGACGACAAGGACGUCCACAGCCACAAUCAUCAAAAUGGCGUCGCUAAUGGGUCUCUUGCCUCCAAUUCUAGCCCCGGAUUGGGUGCUCAGUACUCCCCCAGGCUGCCGUACUCCAGUUUGGACUUCAAGUCAGAAAUCCAAAGCCCCGCAGCGUCUACGUUGAAGCAAAUGGCGGAGCAGCACCAGAACCAACAGCACAAAAAUCAAAUGGGCCUUGGUCCCUUCACCCCCGCUGGAAAUCCAGCUCGUGGUCCUGCUUCAAGGUCACCUUACACGGAGUUUCCCCAAUUUGGGAACCCAGAGUACCUUGGCAGUCCUGGAAGCAACGGAACUUCCGGAACUGGGAACCAGAACGCACAAAAUUCAGUUGCUGCUUCUUAUCACAAGAGCACCAGCAAUCCGGGCUUCCAGUCGCAAGCUAGUGAUAUGUUUGCGAACCAGGCCCCGUUCUCGGGCUUGGGAGAUAUGAAGCGGUCCCAGUCGAUGACUGGCAAGCCCAAUAUGCUUGGGCCUUCGGGAUACAAGCAGCAGUACUCGCCGUAUGGAAGUCCUGGGUCCAUGCCCAAUCAUGGAAGUCCUGGGUACCCUCUGCCUUCCAGAGGAGCACCUGGUCCGGGACCUAAUCAAGGUGGUUCAGGUCCGGGACCUUUUACUGGGUCCACUCCGCCAAGACCGCCCUCAGGGUCUGGGUCUGCGACGCUUCAGAUCAACCAGGCGCAGCAGCUACAUAUUUCUAAUCCUGGGCACAAUAUUCAGGGGGUUGAGGGGGUUGGGGGAUUGAGGGAAGAAGGGUGA